AUGACCAUGGUUUUCUACAUGUUGUGCCUGGUGGUGUCCAUGGUUGUGUUCUUCGUGGUGGCCAUGGUGAUAUGCAUCGUGAUGAUCGUGGUGAUACUCCUGAUGGUGAGCGGGAGCUUGCUUGUCUUCGUGGGUUUGAUGAAGUACUAUGCUCUGAGACGAGUAAGCGUGACCGUGAUCUUGGCCGUGGUGGUGAUUUUGAGCAGCGACGGCUACAACCGCGACAGUGGCGAUGAGUGUAAUCUAAAGAAGUAA